AGUAUCAGUUUGGCUUUAUGCCAUUAGACGUCUUUUGAAAUCGUAUUCCCAUCAGAAGACAGACAUUACGUGGAAUUCUGAGGAAUUUACGAUUCUUAACGCAUAUCGAGAAACAAUCGCUAAACGGUUUACCUUUUUUGGUUCUCCGCCAACGUCUCCCACUCUUGGUUCUUCAUUUUUUGCUAGUUUUCCCUCUCAAGAUAACCAAGAUUCGAAACAUCCGGUACUUGAUGAUGUGCGUAAGGCGGAAAUUAAUUUGGAACGUCUAGUGAUGGCAGCUGAUGCUUAUCGAGAUUUAAUGGAUAGAUUAAGCAAGGCUUCCAAGAAUUUUAGUAAAGCUUUGAAGGAUUAUGGGAAUGGAAAAGGACUAGAAACUAC